AUGAUUGAAAACCAGAAAGCGGAAAAAGCUAUCUAUGCCUCUCAACAGGCGGCCCAUGCACUCACUGCCACAACUACUAAGAACCCCAACCCACCCGAUCAAUCCAUCAGUACCACUGCAUACUGCGGCCGUGGCCGAGGGCGUGGUGGUCGCGGCCGAGGACGUGGUCGUCGUGGUCGUUCACAGCAACCUCAUGGUGCUUGGACUUCACCGACCACUUACACUUGGACACUCCCUGCUCCAUGGAACCCACCCACUCAACCCCCCACUGCCGCCAACUCAUCAUGGCUCCAAUGGGCUCCACCGCCUCCACCGUGCCCCUACCCGACUACCUCGCCACAAUCAUCUGCUAAACCAGGUCAAGGUAUCCUCGGUCCCGGCCCAAACCAGGCUCAUCAGGCAUCAACAGUUCCUACUGAUAUUCAACAGGUACUAUACACCAUGUCCCUCAAUCCUCCAUCUUACAACAAUGGCGUCAUGGACACUAGUGCAACUAUAAGCAUGGAUCGCAAUGCAGGUAAUUUCCAUACUAUUUUUAAUAAUGGCAUGAAUGAAAAUAUUAUUGUUGGUGAUGGCACAAACAUUCCAGUGCUUGGACAUGGACCUCAAACCUUCCCACCACCUUACCCACCCUUUACUUUAAACCGUGUCCUUUAUGCCCCAAACCUUAUUAGAAAACUUAUUUCUGUCCGUCAAUUUACAAAAGAUAACUCUGUUUCUGUCGAAUUUGACCCUUUUGGUUUUAUUGUGAAGGACUACAAGACCCGGGCUCCCAUUAUACAGCAACGGUGA